AUGGUCCUGUUCAAGGGCCUCCAACUGAUUGAUGAUGGCAAGACGAACCCGCUCACUCUGGCCCUGAUCUUCAACUGGGGCUCCUUGUUGACCCCGCCCACGGGUGUACGGACUAGUUAUUAUCAACAUGCCUUGGCUUUGGCAUUUACUGUGAAAGAACUCAAUGAAAACCUCCAGCUCUUGCCCAAUGUCACCUUGGGCUUCCACAUACGUGACACCUACCUUAAUGCACGAGAGACUUAUCAUGCUGCAAUGCAACUUCUCUCUAUAAAGAACAGAUUUAUUCCCAACUACAAGUGUGACCUCCAGAACAAUCUGAUAGCAGUUGUUGGAGGAGCUGAAGCGAAAACUUCUCUCUACAUAGCAAAUGUGUUAUCUAUCUACAACAUUCCACAGCUCACCUACAGUUCUACGUCAUUAAUGAAUGAAACCUUGUCCGGACUUUCCACUUAUCAGAUGGUGCCAAAUGAAGCCCAGCAGUACAAGGGGAUCCUGCAGUUAAUUCUGCAUUUCAGGUGGACAUGGAUUGGGUUUAUUACUACGGAUGAUGAAUGUGGGGAAAGAUUUCAGCAUGCCAUAGUUCCUCUGUUUUAUCAGAAUGGCAUCUGCGUGGCCUUCAUAUCAGAACUCCGCCAGAACUUUAUGAUAAGUUCUUAUUUUGGCAUGAUGGAAUAUGCAUUGAAACAUUAUGGCAUUGUAAUGGAGAGUAAGGCUGAUACGGUUGUUCUUUUUGGAGACACUGUUACUGUUUCAUUUAUUAGAUGGGUCAUAAGACUUUCAGAGGAUGGGUUCACAACAGCAAAGACUAAAGGUAAAGUUUACAUUACGACUAUUCAGAUGGAUUUUACAUCUUAUUAUUAUCAAAGAGAUUGGGGCAACAUGAUCCUUCAUGGUGCAAUGUCCUUCACGGUUCACACAAAUGAACCUCCAGGAUUCCAUCAGUUUCUUCAGAGCAGAAAGCAUCUUAGGACCAAAGGAGAUGGCUUCAUCAGAGAUUUCUGGAAACAGGCAUUCCUCUGUGAAUUCUCUGAGUCACAGCAAAAGAAGGACUUUGAUAAAAAUUGCACUGGGGAGGAGAAACUGGAGAGCCUUCCAGGUGAUGCUUUUGAAAUGAGUAUGACCGGUACUAGCUACACUAUCUAUAAUGCUGUCUAUGCUGUAGCACAUGCUUUACAUGACCUGUAUUCAUCUCCUUAUGGACACAGAAGAAUGCUGAAGAGGAAGAAAUACAGCCUGUUCCGUCAACUGUUAUGGCAGCUUCAUCGCUAUCUGAAAAGCAUCUCAUUUAAUAACAGUGCUGGGGAGACAAUUUCAUUUGAUGCCAGUGGAGAAGUCACAACAGGGUAUGAUAUUAUCAAUUGGCUUGCUUUCCCAAAUGGAUCUUUUUUCAAAGUGAAAAUUGGAGAGAUUCAUCCAGAAGCUCCUCCAGACCAAAUGCUUACCAUUAAUGAAGAGAGGAUCACAUGGAACAGCUGGUUUAACAAGACACAGCCCCUUUCUGUCUGCAGUGAAAGUUGCCAUCCAGGUUCUAGGAAGCAAAUGAAGGAGGGGGAGCCAUUUUGCUGCUAUGAUUGUAUACCAUGUCCAAAAGGGAAGAUUUCUAAUCAGAAGGACUUGGAUGACUGUACCCAAUGCGGACAAGAUCAUUAUCCAAAUGGGGGACAAAACCAAUGCAUUCCCAAAUACAUCACGUUUUUGUCUUAUGAAGAGCCACUGGGGAUCACUUUGGUGACUAUUGUCUUUUCCUUUACUUUCAUCACUCUUUUCGUACUAGGAAUCUUUAUCAAGCACGACAGCACCCCCAUUGUCAAAGCCAACAACAGGAACCUUACCUAUUCUCUCCUGAUCUGCUUCCUCCUUUGCUUCCUUUGUGCUUUGCUCUUCAUUGGUCAACCACAACUGGUGUCCUGUCUCCUCCAACAAGUCAUUUUUGGCAUGGUCUUCUCAGUUUCCAUUUCUUGCGUGUUGGCAAAAACUCUCAUGGUGGUUCUGGCUUUCCUAAGCAUCCAACCAGGAAGCAGCCUGAGGAAGUGGGUGGGGAAAGGAGUGGGCAUUUCAAUUGUGAUUUCCUGUUCCUUUAUCCAAGCAGUCCUUUGUUUUGUGUGGCUGGCCACUUCUCCCCCAUUUCCAGAUGCUGACAUGCAGACAGAGACUGAAGCAGUUGUACUGGAAUGCAAUGUGGGGUCUGUUACCAUGUUUUACUGUGUUCUGGGCUACAUGGGCUUCCUGGCCAUUGUGAGCUUUGUGGUGGCUUUCUUGGCCAGGAAGCUACCUGACAGUUUUAACGAAGCCAAAUUCAUCACUUUCAGUCUAUUGGUCUUUUGCAGCGUUUGGAUCUCUUUUGUUCCCACCUACCUGAGCACCAAGGGAAAAUUUAUGGCGGCCGUGGAGAUCUUCUGCAUCUUAGCCUCCAGUGCUGCCCUUCUGGGUUGCAUCUUCGCUCCCAAAUGUUACAUUAUUUUGCUGCGGCCUGAGUUGAAUAACAGGGAUCAUCUGAUAAGAACAAAAGGACAAUAA